GGAUAAGGAGUGAUCAUGACUCCACCCACCUGGAUAAAAGGAGCAGCUGAAGCAUUACUCCUCUAUUUGCAAGAGAAUUUGGUUUCUCUGCUUUCACCUUGUUUCUAUUCUGUAGAGUUUCCAUUAAAAACUUUAAGAAGGAAGUCUUCAACAGAAGUAGGAGCGUUCUCUAAGUGGUGUGAGGUGUUGAUGAAUGUUUCUACAACAAUGGCAAACUUGAAGGAGGAGGAAGAGUUCUUUGAUGCAGCAGGUGCCUUUACUGAACCUGACUGUAAUCCAGAGGGAGGCUCCACUGUGUCACUGCAGUCUAACAAUGUUUCUCCACCUGUAGCUAUUCACUGGGUUGGGACCAACAUAGUUUCUUUUGGUUUAGCACCAAUUGUUUCCCCAGUUAGGUAUAAAUUUCUAAUAAAUUACACCAGUGACACACAUUCUGGGAGCAUGGAGACUAGAGACUGCAGCACUGUUGAAAUUGUGGGACUCAAACCUGGGACAGAGUACAGCUUUAGCAUCACAAGGAUUGCAGAAACAGAGGAAAUAGCUACUCUGUCUGUAGUUACAGACCCUGUUCCUCCCAUGGCAAUACAAGUCUCAGAGGUCAGCAAUGAGUCGCUUUCUCUCCAGUGGGACAAACCCUCUGGAGAAGUGGAGUCUUUCAUUGUUACCUGCUGCAGUGAUGGUGAACGUGUGCAAGAGUUAAAAACAGAGACAAACAGUGUGACGUUCAACAGCCUGAGGCCUGGGGUUAGUUACUCCCUCCAUGUUUCAACACAACUAAGGAAUGGAACAAUCAGCAAGCCAGCUGUAACAUCGGCCAAAACAAUGACUGAUCUGGAGUUCCAGUUAGAGGAUCUUGGGUUGAAGAAAUAUAAAAGAGAGAAAAUAUCAUUGAGCAAGAUUCUUGAAAUCGAUGAGAAGACCAUUACGGAUCAACCUGUAAAGUGUAAAUCUGAAAUUCCUUGGUAUUUUCUAAAAAAACAGAUGAUGGUUAAUGUAACUGCAAGAAAUGUGAAACUCACUUCUGGAUGUGACUUAGUCUGCAAGGAUGCAGUAGGAACAGCAAAAUUAGAUCUGAGAAAUUUGCUUAACAUUCCAGACACGGAUGAUACAUUAAACCCUCUUGAUUUAAUCACUGCUCUCUUUCUGUGUUCUGAUGGUUUUGUUCAGCAAGAGUUAGCUCUCAAACUGUCCAUGUGUCAGUUCUCUGUUCCUCUGCUGCUUCCUAACUGUGAUACACAGCAGUGCACCCUCAUGCUGUGGGCCAUGAGAGACAUUGUAAAAAGGUACAGACCUCCAGCUCUUUCAGAAUCAAAAGGCUUCAUAGAAGAAAGAAUUGUAAAUUCUGAACUUCCAAUGAUCUCAUUUGUGAGACUGGGUGAGUGCUCUCUGUCCAAAUCAGAGAUCCUCAAUAAACUUCUGAGUAACUCUCAGCAAUACCAUGACACCUUUGUUCACCGUGACAUGGAGUCUGGAGACGUUCAGAGAAGAAUAUCCAAUGGACUGACUGAAAUGACCUGGUACCUUCCCUGUGGAAACAAAAACAUGGACAUCUUCAGUGAACCAGUUGCUAUAGCUAACCUUCGUGGAGACAUUGCUUCAUUUGAAACCCAAUUCUCCUUUUUGUGUCAGACAUCUGCUGCAGUUUUUGUGUUUUUUGAGAGUGAACAUUCUGGGUUAGAAUUUCUAACCCAGCAAAACUGCAAAGCUCAGAUCUUCCUGGUUGGCAAUGUUCGAAGUAAAACCUUCAGUCUGGAUGCUUUAGAAGAAGUUGCAACGAAGUUGUGCUUGACUAAUAACAACAUUAUUCUAAAAACCAAGAGCAUGAAUGAUGCAGAUUUUGUCAAAUGUUUGAGAAAAACGGUCAAUGAUGUUGUUCAUAGCCAGCAUAUAAAGAUUUCAGUUGAGAACAUGGUAAGUGUUGCCCAUGAACUGGGAGUCUUAGUAGAAGAAGAUGCUCCCGACUGCCAGGCUGGGAAAAUAAAUGCAGAUGCCAUCACUGCAGAGAUUGAAAACAUUCCUCAGUACAAAGAAGAACAUCUACCCCUACAAGGACAAAUAUGGAGGGAACUUACUUGUUUAGAAAAGGAAGAAUUUCGCCUCCAAAAGGUGGGUUCACAAAACAUCGAACAUUAUAGGAGUAAUCUUCAUGAGCAAAAAACAGAGCUACGUAAAAGGCAAAACUCCUAUGCAAUGUCACCGGCAAUGAGAUGCUUCAUCAAUGCCAUCUCCACCAAAGGUAUGGAGAGGUGCUAUUUUCUUAAAUGGAUGCAAAUGAACCUUGACAACCUGUCUCGGAUAAAACUGUCUGGUCUCAGGGAGCUUUACAAAGAAAAAAGCAAAGAUUCUGGCAAUAAAGAGGAAAUCAAAGAAAUUGACCAACAACUUUCCAGCAGCUCACUGGGAGUUGAGCACUUCUUCCGUGAAAUGGGUCAGAUCUACGAAGCUUCUCUUUACCUUCCAGAAACAGAUCCAUCACGUCAACAGCUGCAACAUCUGCCCAAACUCGGUGCUCAGUUGUUGCUGGAUGGAUUUCCUCUUGAGCUUGUAGAUGGAGAUGCUUCCAACAUUCCUCUCAGAUGGGUGAGUGAUGUUCUCUCUCAGCUCAAUGACUUGGUGUCUCCAAAGAACAAGAUACGGGUCAUCACAGUUCUUGGAGUUCAGAGCACAGGGAAGUCCACUCUCCUUAACACCAUGUUUGGAGUUCAGUUUGCAGUCAGCAGUGGUCGAUGCACUAGAGGUGCCUUCAUGCUGCUCAUCAAAGUCAAUGAAGACUUCAAGAAAGUUCUCAACUGUGACUUCAUGAUGAUCAUCGACACUGAAGGCUUAAAGUCACCAGAGCUAGCACAGCUGGACAACAGCCAUGAGCAUGACAAUGAGCUGGCAACACUUGUUGUUGGGCUGAGUGACAUCACCAUUAUCAAUAUUGCAAUGGAGAAUUCAACAGAGAUGAAAGACAUCCUGCAGAUAGUGGUGCAUGCUUUCCUCAGGAUGAAGGAGGUCGGCAAAAAGCCUCAAUGUCAGUUUGUUCACCAGAACGUUUCUGAUGUUUCAGCUCAUGAGAAGAACCUGAGAGACAGGAAGCUGCUGUUAGAACAGCUGAAUGAGAUGACCCAGGCUGCAGCUAAAAUGGAGAAGAAAGAGGAAUACAAGAGCUUCACUGAUGUGAUGGAGUAUAAUCCAGACACUGGGAACUGCUACAUUCCUGGACUCUGGAAUGGAAACCCACCAAUGGCUCCAGUCAAUGCAGGAUACAGUGAGGCUGUCUAUGAACUCAAGAAAAACAUCAUCCAACAGCUGGGAAAGUAUGAGUCAACUUCUAAUAACAUCUUGGAGUUCAGAGAGUGGAUAACCAGCCUGUGGAACGCAGUAAAACAUGAAAACUUCAUCUUCAGCUUCAGAAACAGCCUGGUGGCUGAUGCUUACAUGAGGCUCUGCACAGAAUACAACAAAUGGGAGUGGGAGUUCAAAAAGGAAAUGUACAAAUGGGUUACCACAGCAGAGACAAGAAUUUCCAAUUUUGGUACCGCUGCUGCAACAUCUGAAGUGUCUGACAUGAAUGAAUUCAUCAUUGUGUUGAAAAGUGAAGCAACCACAGAGCUGACCAAGUGGGAGACAAAGCUGCUCGAAAACUUGAAAAAUUACUUUGAGCAGUCAGAGGGUCAUGUUUAUCUAGUUGAAGCAUACAGAGAAGAUUUUGCAAACAGUACGAAGAGCCUUCGACGAGAAAUAGAAAACUCUGUUGUUAAUCAGGUGAUAGCAGCAGUUGACAUAAGACGAGGAAUGGCAGAACUCGAUAAAAUCAAGGAGAACCAUACAAAAAAAUUAGAAAAUCAGGUGCAUCAGCUCAUUGAAAAAUGUCGCAGGAAGUCCAUUCAAAUGACUGAAGAAGAACUGGAUGAUGAAUUUGCCAAGAUUUGGAGUGAGACUGAAAAUGAAUUAUCUUUUUCAAAAUUAAGUGUCAAGGACAUCAGCAGCAGUGUCCUCCACCAUCUGGCAACCAAUCUCUCAAUGAAAGGAGGUUAUGCAAGGGAAUUACUAAAUGCAAAAAAAUUGCAAGAUUGUGGAAGAGAGCCAUUCAAAUACAAUCCUGAAGCCUUUAUGGACAGAGCAAGACACAAAGUGAAGAAGUUUCUUUUCCGUAAGGAUUACUUGUUGGAAAUUCAGAAAUUGGCAGACAACAUCAUAGAUGCUUGCACUCAGUUUGUAACUGACAAAAUUGAAAAAAAAAACUAAUUACCAUGACACUUACACUGAGGAGAUUCUUCAUAUCAU